AUGCCCAUACACAGGAUUCUUGAAAACUGCAUCACACAAAAUUACGACUUUGGCACUGCCUACGCCUACUUGCGCCAUGAUUGGAUCAAAUCUACCAUCCCUAGAUUUACUUCUGAAGUGGAUCUGAAGACACCACAAAAUAUCAUUGUCAAUGGUUUGAUCCACGAGAAAGAUGGAUCCCCUCGGCGCGUCUGGGAUCUGUAUGCAAAUCGGGUGGUUCCUUACUGGAUCACGUACAAAAUGCCCUGGGGGAUAUCGCAUGCUUGGAUGGAUGAGAACGAUCGUGUUCAAGUGUGGACACCCAUUAACCAAGAGGAAUGGCCUGUUCCGAUACCGAAAGAUGCCGACCUUGCUCUCAUCCGAAUCGAGAUGUUGAACCUCGGAGCAGAACUUGUUUGGUUGGACGUUCUGUGUUUGAGACAGCCGGGUGGGCGGGGGGAGCAUCUACGCAGGGAUGAGUGGAAGGUGGACGUGCCCACUAUCGGGUUCGUGUACCAGAACUUGUCUAAUUCGGAGGUGGUGUGCUAUUUCAGUGGGCUGGGUCGGCCGUUGAGUCUGAAGGCGGGCGACUUUGAAAGUAAGCUGUGUUGGUUUAAUCGAGCAUGGACGCUGCAAGAGAUCACCGAGAAACCGAUCAUUUGCGGGGGCACCGGAGAUAACGUCAUGAUGGAAGAAGACGUAAGAAUGAGGUUCAAUCAACAGCUUGGAUCGCUACAGCAUAUGGCAAAACAUGGCAGCAUGUUUGAUGUCCUGUCGGAAAUGCGGAAACGGGUGUCGACAAAGCCUCUGGAUAAAGUGGCAGGCUUAGCAAACAUUUGCUGCUUCUGGUCUAUCCCUAUCUACCGUGAGGAUCAGUCGGACGAGGAAGCAUGGACAGCGCUUGUGAAUGCGAUGCUCGUUGACAAACGGGCAGAAUUGCUCUUCUUCUACCCGGAACCUGGCGACGGAAGCAUAUGUUGGAGACCAUCCUGGAAACAGGUAAUGACGAAGACACUUCCUUCAGCUCAAAGGUACAGGGGGGUGAAAGGUGGAGUGGGAUGGGCAGAGAAUGUCGACUUAUACGAAGGUCCCUGCAUCGAUUUAGGUGACGUUCAGGGAUUGUCCAACGGACCUCAAGGCGGGAUGCCUCGAGAGGGACGGUUGAUCAUCAAAGAUCACACCGGAACACUCCAAACAAUCAAGAUCAUUGCCGAGCAUGAAUUCCCGAUACCCGAUGGACCUUAUACACUGAUAGGUGGUGAUGCCGGCUAUAAUCGCUUCUCUGAGGAUUACCAAGAUUUCGAGAUGAUGUACUGGGUAAUCGGCUGGUAUAAACCACAUCACAGGUUCGAGAAAUUGUCGGUUUUCAAUAUCGCGGACAUCGAGGGACAAAGGAUGCUAAAGCAGCUUGGAGUUGCAGAUCGCCGAGUUGAAACUAUUCUUGCCUGAUUCAGUUCUAAUAGCUGUGAGAUGGUAUAGAUAAUAGCGAAGGAACUUUCUUUAGACUCACUAAGCGAUCGGGUCGCUUCCAGUUUCUUCUCUAUUUUUCUCUCUUUCCUUUAACA